AUGGCUAGUUUUGGAGUUUUAGAAAAAAUGGGCUUAGUUUUCCUUAUAGGAUUGCUAUUUUAUUUAGUUAAAAGUGUAGUUAAUUUGGUGUACACAUAUAUUAUUGGACCGGCGGUUAAUAAAGUGGAUUUUAAAUCAAAGGGAAAGUGGGCAUUGGUCACUGGCAGUACAGAUGGCAUCGGAAAGGAAUACGCCAGACAAUUGGCGGCACGUGGCUGUGAUAUUAUUCUAGUCAGUCGUUCUAUGGAUAAGUUAAAAGCAACUGCAUCUGAAAUAGAAAAUGACUUCAAAGUGAACACUAAAAUAGUACAAGCAGAUUUCUGCGAGAACGAUAGCAUUUACGAUAAAAUAUCUAAGGAGAUAGCUGAUCUUGAGAUAGGAACUCUGGUGAAUAAUGUUGGCGUUUCAUACCCCUACCCUGAAUACUUUCUGGACAUACCCGAUUGGGAACAAUGUAUUAGCAAUAUAUUCAAAGCUAAUGUAGUAUCUGUUACGCGGAUGACGGGAUUGGUGUUGCCCGGCAUGGUCCAGCGGGGAAAGGGAGUGGUCAUCAAUAUUGGUUCCGGAUCAGCUAUCAUACCGUCACCUCUCCUCACCGUAUAUGCGGCUUCAAAGGCUUACAUGGAUAAGUUUAGCGAGAGUCUCAAUAUGGAAUACUCUAAAAAGGGCAUUAUGGUACAGCACGUUUACCCCGGAUUUGUCUGUUCCAAAUUGUCUGGCAUACGCCGCAGCAGUUUCUUCGCUCCCAGUCCUCACGACUUUGUCAAAUCUGCUAUCAACUUAGUUGGAGUGACAUCCAAUACCACCGGCUAUUUCCCUCAUACUUUCGGCUUCUUCAUGAUAAACUUAAUGUGUGGAAUUGCAAAUCGCUUUACCAUUUGGUUGACCAUGCGCACCAUGGAAAAUACUCGCAGAAAGGCGCUCAGAAAGAAUGCAAAAAUUCAAGUG